AUGUCUCAGGACAACAUGUCUUCUCUAGACCAAACAACAACACCACGAGCUGAGGAAGUUGUCGUUGUUGCCGAUGAGAAUGUUCCACAUCAUGAAAAAACAACAACUACUAUUGCGGUAGAAUCAGAGAAACAAGAUCCACAACCUGAAACUGAGAUGAAAAAUAACUCAGUUCCAGUUGUUGAAUCUGUUACUCUAGAGACUCAUCUUUCCAAACCCAAUACCGACUCACCAGAUACUGAUACUCUCAGUUUCAAACAAGAAGAAACCACCAAACCUUCUCAAUCUGAUCUUUCCGGGAAUGAAAACAAGCCACUUCAAGAGCUUAAGACUCUCGUUCAACAAGCACUCAACAACCAUGAAUUCUCCGAACCAUCUGCAAAAGAAGAUAAACCACCCACCACCACCACCACCACCACCACCACCCUAGCAGCAGAAAAUGCUACCUCGGCAGAAGAAGAACCUGUACAACAAAAGGACGAGGAGGAAGUUCCAACACAGAAAGAGGAAGAAAAAGAACAAGAAGGGGGAGAUAAGAAGGAAGAGGAAGUGAAGGAAACCAUGGUAGCUUCUGUGGAAGAUGAUGGAGCAAAAACUGUAGAAGCUAUUGAAGAAACCGUUGUUGCGGUUUCUUCCUCGGUUCCUGUUCCACAAGAACCCCUUCAAGAGAAAGUUGAAUCAAAAGAUGAAGCUGCAUUGCCAUUACAACCAGAAGAAGUAUCCAUUUACGGGAUCCCACUUCUCGCUGAUGAAAGAAGCGACGUGAUCCUGUUGAAGUUUCUGCGUGCAAGAGAUUUUAAGGUGAAAGAGGCUCUCACAAUGAUCAAGAACACAAUUCGCUGGAGAAAACAAUUCGGAAUAGAGGAGUUGCUGGAUGAGAAACUAGGUGAUGAAUUGGAGAAAGUGGUUUACAUGCAUGGAUUUGAUAAGGAAAAUCACCCUGUGUGUUAUAACAUAUAUGGUGAGUUUCAGAACAAGGAAUUGUAUAAGAAAACAUUUUCUGAUGAGGAGAAGAGACAGAAUUUCCUUAGAUGGAGAAUUCGGUUUCUCGAGAAGAGUAUUAGGAAUUUGGAUUUUAACAAUGUUGAUGCAUGUACUAUUGUUCAUGUCAAUGAUCUUAAGGAUUCUCCUGGACCGGGUAAAUGGGAACUUAGACAAGCUACCAAACAAGCCCUUCAGUUGUUUCAAGACAAUUACCCCGAGUUUGUGGCCAAACAGGUGUUUAUCAAUGUGCCAUGGUGGUACUUGGCUGUGAAUAGGAUGAUAAGCCCUUUUCUUACACAAAGAACCAAAAGCAAGUUUGUCUUUGCUGGGCCUUCCAAAUCAACACACACCCUUUUGAGCUACAUAGCGCCAGAGCAACUUCCGGUUAAGUAUGGUGGAUUGAGCAAACAUGGUGAAUUUGGAAAUUCAGAUGCUGUUACUGAGAUUACAAUAAAGCCAGCAUCAAAACAUACUGUUGAAUUUGCUGUUUCUGAGAAAUGUUUAGUGUCUUGGGAGGUGAGAGUAAUAGGGUGGGAAGUAAAGUAUGGUGCAGAAUUUGUUCCAAGCAAUGAAGAAAGCUAUACUGUGAUUGUUCAAAAGGGUAGAAAAGUGAGUUCAUCAGAAGAAGCAGUACUUUGCAACAGUUUUAAAGUUGGAGAACAUGGGAAAGUUGUUCUCACCAUUGACAACACAAGUUCUAAGAAGAAAAAGCUCUUGUACCGCUUCAAAACCAAGUUGGACUGA